CCGUACAAGCACAAAGUUGACGGCAAGUAUGUAGAAUCUUUCGCUACGAACCAAUGGAUCACCCCGUACAAUAUAUGGCUCCUUUCCAAAUACAACUGCCACAUGUGUUUCGACGUGUGCACCGGUAGUGCGAUAGUCAAAUACAUAUACAAGUAUAUAAACAAAGGUGCUGAUUUUAUUAAGGCAAAGAUUCUAUGUGACGGCGACGAGAUCGAGGCAUACCGCUCAGCUCGUUACAUAUCAGCUGCAGAGGCUGCGUGGCGGUUGCUGGGUUUCCAUGUCAUCGAACGUAACCCGUCCGUCAGUUCUCUCCGACUGCACCUUCCCAACGAACAGCAAAUUGUUGUAGACGAAUCUCUUUCACGCGCUGAGCAAAAGUACAUCGUCAAGAAAGACAAGGCCCGUCAGGGGACGUUUUUCAGAGACAAAUUCCGCAUCUAUGUCACACCGCGGUCGUCCGAUAAACAUGUUGCGCGUGUGUCCGUCAUGUCUCCGGACAAAGGUGAUGUUUUCUUCUUGCGCCUGCUUCUACACCAUAAACCAGCAAGAUCUUUCGAACAGUUGAGAACGCACGAUGACACCGUCUACGACACGUUUCAGGACGCCGCCAGAGCAAUGGGAAUUAUAAAGCACGACGACGAGUACAGAAUUUGCUUACAGGAGGCGGUCAUAUUUAACACGGGUAGACAACUGCGUGAACUAUUCGUUACCCUUAUUCUUGACGGCGCUCCGGCCAAAAUAUUGUGGGAGCAGUUCAACCAGGACUUCACCGAAGAUUUGCGAAUAAACAUGUCUGAUCGGGAUGCCAACAACACCGCACUCCGCCAAAUUGAUCUCGGUUUGCAGCACCACGGACGAACGAAUGAGGUCGUUGGUCUGACGGCGGUAGUGCACCUAGAUACCGAAUACAUGCGAUUUAAACACAUGUUCGACCCAGCUCAGAUGAGUGCAUUCGUUGACGAGCACUUGGCAAAUCUCACCCACGAGCAACGGCAUGUGUACGAUACCGUCGUUUCAAGCGUAACAUCAGGCGCCUCGAACCUAUUCAUGAUUGAUGCGCCAGCUGGCACUGGCAAGACGUACACGGAGAGCAUACUGUGCGCCCGUCUCAGGUCCAUGAGCAAAUUAGUUUUGUGUGUAGCCAGUACCGGAAUUGCCGGACUUCAAUUGCCAGGAGGAUGGACAGCGCACUCCAUGUUUAAGCUUCCGCUGGAAGAUAAAAACGUCAGUGGAGCAAUGUGUAAUAUCUCUGCAGAAUCACAACGAGCGGAAGUGCUACGUAAAUGCGACCUUAUUGUUUGGGAUGAGAUUCCAAUGAGUCACCGUUUUUCCGUUGAAGCGCUCAACCUUACACUGCAAGACCUAAUGGGCAAUGACAACAUAAUGGGAGGAAAAACCGUACUCCUCAGCGGCGAUCUACGUCAAAUAGGUCCUUUUAUCAAGCAUGGUGGACCAGCUGGGACUAUUGAUGCGUCGCUCAUAUCCAGCCCGCUUUGGCCUCAUGUACAACGCAUGCGACUAACAAUUUCACAGCGUCAUCGAAAGAACGCCGCGUACGUACGCUGCUUUUGCUCGAAAUGUCGGUAUGUCGGUAUGUCGGUAUGUCGGUAUGUCGGUAUAGGAACACAAGCCCACACAACAGCGAACGACGGUAUCGAUGCAGUGCCGUUAGCAUAUAGACUAUUCAUGAAGUUCCGGACAGACAGCCCGAAAGAUCAGUUUGUCAUCGACAACACGGACUCAUUCGAAGAACUAAUUGACUUUGUUUACCAAGAUAUUCUCACCGCCGACCCUACCGACUUCAAGGCGAGAGCAAUUUUGUCGUCGACAAAUGCCACAAUUGACUUAAUCAACUCCCACGUGCUUGACAUUCUGCCCGGGGACAUGCUAACGGCAUAUAGCUGUGACACAGUUGACCCUCACGAUAAUAACCUUGACUUCGUUGCUACGGCUGAUCUCAACGCAAUCGACGUUUCAGGCGUGCCGCCACAUGCAUUGGAGUUGAAGUUAAACUGCAUGGUCAUGAUAACACGGAACCUCAAUUUCAAGCAGGGUUUGGUCAACGGUCAAAAGGCUAUAGUGCGUGGUUACUCAACACGGAUUGUGCAUGUAGAACUCCUUGAUGGACUGUCCUCUCUAGUUCUGAUACCGCGUAUACGUCUUAAUGCAAAAGUUGGGCGGAACGGGAUCGCUUUCUCGAGGUUGCAGCUGCCGCUUCGCGUUUGCUAUGCCCUAACGAUCAACAAGAGUCAAGGUCAAACUCUGUCCAAAAUCGGGCUUGACUUGCGGUCAGACGUUUUCACGCAUGGGCAACUCUACGUAGCACUCAGCAGGGCGCAGAAGCGAUCGUCGAUUAUGUGCCUCACAUUACCCGCGAGGUUGCGUGGUUCCCUAAACCGUACCGCAUUUGUUGCCAACAUUACCUUUCCAGCUUUCGUUAACGCUGCAACUGACACCAUCACUGACUCACCGCCUCUACCACCGCAAUAUAUCGACUUCAUUGGAUUCACACAUGCGACGAACGACCAGGUCCCCAACAGCGACGAAGGACAACUUCAAGAGGACGACAACCACGACGAUGAACAGACCAUGUCACGACACCCCAACCAGUGCGCUGAUGGCGGCUGGAUUGAAGCCAAAGGGCUUUCGCGAUAGCUCCACACAUUACGUAGAGUGUAGCGGUUCGUGUACCGAAGACAGUACUGGGCGUGCGCUUCCUGUAGCGUUGAGGAUUGGGCGUAUUGGUUCUUUUGCUCUCUAGUGCGAAUUCGUCGUGUCGGGUUUACAUGGAGGUGUCGUGUCGGAAAAACUUGUGGGUAGCGCGUUCGCGGGCUAUGGCAUUAGUUACUGCAGCGACAGUUGCCAUUCGUGGGUGUCGUGUGUCGGAUUCUUCUGGGCGACGCAAGCGCAUGUUCAUGAGUGCUGGCAUUGGUAUUCGCAGGUGUCGUAACGGAUUUGACUAGUGGGAGACCUAGCGCAUUUUCAUGGGUGUUCGCAUGGCUUCAUGUGGUGUUGACAGUCAUGGAUGGUUACUGCAGCCGUUGGUAUUAGCAUGAAUAACGACCGCGAACUAGGAACAAUACGGCGGGCGUUGCCCCCUGACAUUCCUUCUGGCAUCACACACCAUCUAAAUCCUGCCUACACCACACAAGCGUAUACACACACUUAGUUCCCAUUCAUCUUGGGAACCGCUCACAGUGGGCGUGGCGGCGUAAGCCGCCGUAAAACCUUGUAGAGUCUAUAUAUUGUUUUUUUCUCCCAUCAUCGGACUCUGUCGUCUGCCUCUCUAGCCCCUAUCCUCCACUUCUACUAGCUAGACGACCGAACCGGGUUCACAUAGGAGGAGGGGACUGGAUCCCCACCUGCGGUUCCUGCCUGAGAUAUUUUUAUCGCGAGAAGGGUACAGCAAUCCCUUCCCUCGCGACUUACGAAGUCGACUAUGGUUUACUAACAACGAGCUUUCUUUGCAGCGCGUCGCUUUCAUCCUAGAUAGACCGGGAUUCAUUUAGUGAGAAAAAACUCACCCUGCCGGGACUCGAACCCAUGACCUGGCCCUUAGCAGGCUGCGAGGGUACCCACUAGACCACCGGGGCGUCCGGUGUCUGUUGAGGCGUGAUGGAAUGGACUUGAAAAUGAUGGCUCUGGGAGCAUGGUUGGAGUUAGUUCUGGUUGACAUAUCGCCAAACAAGGUCGUGAGAAGUGUGUGAGGUGGAGACUAGAAUUGAGGAGGUGUGGAUUUAUGGUUGGAACUAUGAGCUUGUGAUGGAAUUGCAGCUAGUUGAGAGAAAGUGAGAGAGAGUUGGAGAAAAAGUGAAGCGGCGCAAUGGGAUAGGUACAGGUGAAGCGGCGCAAUUAGCUCGCGUCAGCUGAUGUCGCAUGCUCGCAUGCCCCCCUUUUCAGUGUUCGAUUUCCCUGCUGUUCCCGGCCCACGAAGGCCUAAGAAACACACUUUGAUCGCAAGCAACUUCGAGACGCGCAAACCCACGACCCCACCGGCACAUCAACACACAUAUCUACGCGCGAUAGGCCACCGCCGGCCGAUUCCACGUCACUGGCACCGAAGGAGGGGCGACGCGGUUAGCGCACCGCUUGCGGUGUGUUCUUCCCGUGGUACAGAGAGGUGAGGGGGGGGAAGGAAGUGAACAGCGAUGAACGGAGGGAGGGUUAGGCACUCGGACAACAGGGGUGGCGGUGGGGCUAAGGGCGGUGGGAUGGAUGAGUUGUCGACGGGAGGGGAUGAGUCGGCGGCUAAAGGGCUGUCAGUGAAAGGGGAAGUGUUGACAGAGAGACCUCGGGAGGAAGGGAAAAAGAGGUCGGGUGGAGACGUCGAAGUUGGAGACUCACGUCAGACAAGGGAAUCGCUAUCUAAGAGUGUACAGCAGACAUCCGAGGAUGCACAACGGACAGAGGCUGAGGUCUCUGGGGGAAAGAGUGGAAGGCCUGGGGUAAGUGGGUUUAUGAGGGUAUUGCGCACGCUGGGGGGGCAAGUGUGUCGCA